CGAACUCGGGGAGGGGCCGCACAGGAGAGAUGGAUUCGCCCUACAGAGUGAAUGGCUGAGCGCUAGGGGGGGAGGUGGCCCCUUUUAUCUACUGGGGCUCCUCUCUGCUCUCAUCCAAUUCCUACUGCCCAACUAGUACAACCCGGCCUGGGGCCACACUGGGCCCUGACUGUCACAUAGUCACCCUGGGAUUUGGGGGCACAAGGGUGGCAGUCAGGUACUUUGCGCUACAGCCAAGGGAUCAGCGCUGCCACCUUGUACCUGAUGCUCCGACCCCAGUCACUGUGAGGAUGCGGCGACCCCGAUACCCUGAGUGCAUGGAGAUUCUCUGAGUGGGGAUUGUACCUUAUACAGCGGAUAAUCCGGGGGGGGGGGGACACGGCACCGAUCAGCUGUCAUGGGACCUGGUGUGGGGCUCUUUAUAGCGUGGGGCCCCCAGUGCUGAUGGGAGAGAGCAGCUGAUCCCCACAAUCCGCACACAGAGGAGCAGGGGGUUAUUAUUAUGCCAGUUCCACUUCCAAAGUCCCCCAAUCACCGACAUGAAGGAGAAAUCCAAGAACGCAGCUAAAACCCGGCGGGAGAAGGAGAAUGGGGAGUUCUACGAACUGGCAAAACUGCUGCCUCUCCCCUCGGCCAUCACCUCCCAGCUGGACAAAGCCUCCAUCAUCCGCCUGACUACCAGCUACCUGAAGAUGAGAGCCGUCUUCCCUGAUGGUUUAGGAGAUGCCUGGGGACAUCCAAGCCGAAUGGGACCACUGGACAAUGUGGCCAAGGAACUAGGAUCUCAUCUUCUACAGACUCUCGAUGGAUUUGUUUUCGUCGUGGCGUCCGACGGCAAAAUCAUGUACAUAUCCGAAACUGCCUCCGUCCAUCUGGGGUUGUCCCAGGUGGAGCUGACUGGCAAUAGUAUAUAUGAGUACAUUCACCCCUCCGACCAUGAUGAGAUGACGGCCGUACUGACAGCGCACCAGCCGCUGCACCCACACUUGCUACAAGAGUAUGAGAUAGAGAGGUCCUUUUUCCUACGGAUGAAGUGUGUCCUUGCCAAAAGGAACGCGGGACUGACGUGCAGUGGGUACAAGGUGAUUCACUGCAGUGGGUAUCUGAAAAUCCGUCAGUAUAUGCUGGACAUCUCUCUGUAUGACUCCUGCUAUCAGAUUGUGGGCCUUGUGGCUGUGGGCCAGUCGCUGCCCCCCAGCGCCAUCACAGAGAUCAAGCUGCACAGUAACAUGUUCAUGUUCAGAGCAAGCCUGGACCUUAAACUCAUAUUCCUGGAUUCCAGAGUGGCUGAAUUAACUGGAUAUGAACCUCAAGACCUUAUUGAGAAAACCCUUUACCAUCAUGUACAUGGCUGUGACGUGUUCCACCUCCGAUACUCUCACCAUCUCUUGCUGGUGAAAGGGCAAGUCACUACCAAAUACUACAGGCUGCUCUCCAAGAACGGAGGUUGGGUGUGGGUUCAGAGCUAUGCAACCAUUGUCCAUAACAGCCGUUCCUCAAGGCCCCACUGCAUAGUGAGUGUGAACUACGUCCUCACGGAUGUGGAGUACAAGGAGCUACAGCUUUCGUUGGAGCAAGUUACAGUAUCAAAGGUUCCAUUUUCCUGUCGGACCCCAAUGACUACCUCCCAGGAAGCCCGCAAGCCCAUAAAGGUGAAAAGUGGCAAAGUGAAGUCCAAACCAAGGGCAAACCCAUAUCCCCAGCCAUAUACAUCAUUCAUUGGUGACAAACUGGAUUGUUCCCAAUAUGGAAGUUGGAAAGGAAGCCCCACAAUAAACACUGCCACUAACCAAGAACAGAGCAACCAUUCAGAAAACAGCGAACUGUUAUACACCCCAACGUACAGCCUGCCAUUCCCUUACCACUAUGGACACUUUCCUAUGGACUCCCAUGUUCUUAGCAGCAAAAAACAGGUGGUGCCCUCUCGAUAUGGGCAGCCUCAGAGCUCCUCCCCUUGUGAAGUGGCAAGAUUUUUCUUUAGCACCCUACAGACUGGCGGGGAGUGCCACUGGCACUAUACCAAUUCAGUUGUUCCAGGAUCUCCUCCAAAAAAUAUUCACGAUCAAUCAGUAAACCAAGCCCGGCACAACUUGGCACAUAAUUAUGAAGCAGCAACCAAAAAAUUCAGUGCAUUAGACAGUCCGCCUGAUGGAUUUACAGACUGUUCCAUGCCAAGAUCCAGUGCCAGGUAUAAAGAUGAACUCUACCACUCGGCUCCAAUGAAAACUAAUAAAUCCGAGAACCGGGCAGCACCACCGUACCACGGCGUGAAGGAGGAAAAUAAGCUGUCUUUCAGCAGGUACCAGCAGGAGAAAACAUUUGCCAACGAAAAGCACUUUCCCAACUCCCUCAGUAACUCCGUCCUGCAGAAAUCCGAAUGCCUCCAUGCAAAGACUAUUGGGCAGCUAAGCCAUCUCCUUCCAAGGCCAGUGGUAUAUGAGCAGACAAGACGGCUUUGCAUGAAGGAACCUAGAUACAGUCACCCUACCUUUCAUCACUCAGGUUAUAAUGAACUAGAUAACGAUAGAACAAACUCAAGAUUUGCCCACCACAAUUCGGAACAUGAGCACUUCAAGCCGGGUGGGCAGGUUCCAUACGUCCCGCUUAAUUAUCAUCAUGUCUUGUCCAAACAUGGAACUUGCCAAACUUCACCGUGUACAGGAACGGACCAUGGCACGGAACAUUAUGGGUAUGGUUCCGAAGAGGUGAAUUCAUUUGUUUACAAAAACCAAAGUCCGUCGUCGGUCUCUUCUCCUGAAACCCACCGUGAAACGUCUGUUCCUCAUUAUAUUGGGACAUCGGUUAUUAUAACCAAUGGGAGGUGAUAUUAGGACUUUGCUUAAUUGUUAAUAAAAAUGAAGUCUGGAAUCAUUGAUGCCAAAGCAAGAGGAAGCAUUGUGAGCAGUUCUUACAGAGUCUAGCGGAAAGGUUUGAUAGGGCAGACUAUCCAGCACUAGUUCUUGGCAAACCCCAUGUAACAGACACCAGUAAGGCCUAGCUAGCUUGCCAAUAGGUCAGUGGUGCAGACUGUGUCAUUUAAGAACUCACAUCCCACACACAAACAGUUUUUAAAUGUAAUUAUAUGAAGGAGACAUAUUCAGAGUCGCCAAUUUGCUUUAAUCCUCUGUAACGUUGAUCAAGUCAUGGAACAAGUCAUGGAACAAGUCUACUUCUUAUGGUUCUUUGAUGACUAUCCCGUCCCGUUUACAUUUCUCCAGCAGUGCUAUACAGAUAGGCCGUAAGGAAUAGUAUUCUGGCAACUGUGAGAAUGUUUCCACAUAGGUGUAAAGGUCCUCAUACACGU